AUGGGUUUGCUGGAGGUACUCAUUGAUAACACUCUUUUUAUUAAGCUCUUGCAACCAGGUAUUUUUGUAGCUCAAAUUUAUGUUGAUGACAUCAUUUUUGGGUCUACUUGUGAAAAGGAAGUUGUCAAAUUUGUUGAUCUCAUGACUAGUGAAUUUGAAAUGAGUCUUAUAGGGGAUCUGAGUUUCUUUUUAGGUCUACAGAUUAAGCAAACUGAUCAAGGUAUUUUUAUCUCACAGUCCAAAUAUGUUAGAAAAAUGCUUGAGAAGUUUGGCUUAGAUCACACUAAACAUGCCCCUACCCCUUUAAGUACUACUACCAAACUUAGCCGAGAUGAGUCUGGUGAGUCUGUUGAUCCCACCCUAUAUAGAGGAAUGAUAGGUAGUCUUCUAUAUUUGACAGCCAGUAGACCUGACAUUUGCUUUAGUGUAGGCUUGUGUGCUCGUUAUCAAGCUAAUCCCAAACAGUCUCAUCUGUCUGCUGUUAAGCGUAUCUUUAAAUACCUAUCUGGAACUUCAGAGUUUGGCUUGUGGUACUCCAGAGAUACCAACAUGUCUAUUGUUGGAUACAGUGACUCUGAUUGGGCUGGGAGCUUAGAUGAUAGGAAAAGUACGUCGGGAGGGUGUUUUUACUUGGGAAAUAACCUUGUGUCAUGGUUAAGCAAAAAACAAAACUCCAUUUCCCUCUCCACUGCAGAAGCUGAGUAUAUCGCAGCUGGAAGCUGUUGUACUCAACUGAUCUGGCUUAAUAAAAUGGUUACUGAUUAUGGGUUUCCUCAGAACUCAUUGGUCCUAUAUUGUGAUAGUACAAGUGCCAUUAACAUUUCCAAAAACCCAGUUCAGCACUCACGUACAAAACAUAUAGACAUACGUUAUCAUUUCAUUCGACAUAUGGUGCUCAACUUGCUGAUUUAUUCACCAAGGCUCUGGAUGCUCACACCUUUGCUCAUCUUCACAGCUCCAUUGGAGUUUGCACUAUCUGAUCUUGUGGAAGUUGCAUCUUACAUGAGUCAACAACCUCUGGCUAUGUGCCUUGAUCAACUUCUUGGUGCUUCACAUGAGGUCACUUCACACACAAAUGGUAGUUGGGUGUUCUUUUUACAGAUUGUCUUUCAAAGCAUGGGUGUUUGUUUCUGA